GAGCCCGUCUCAACAUCGGCCUCGCAUGCCUGCUUGUUGCAGCGUUUUGUGCAGGUCGGCAGAUUGCCUGGCGGAGGGUUUCCUGCGCAUUCGCGCUUCCCCGGAAUGCAAGACACCCUGGGCUGCUUGUGGAGGAACGGCGAUGCUUCUCGAGCCUUUCACAGGACUUUCUGGGUAAAGGCUACGACCUGCUCAAGCUUGUGGGAGGAGACAAGGUUGAGCUGAAUUUCAUGCUGGACACGGGCCUCACGACGUCCAUCCUUUGCCCGGGCAGGGCCGACGAAUUGGGUGUUGAAAGGCCGUCGCGGCAAGGACGCGGAGAAGUUCCCACAGUGAUCUUGGAGGACUUGCGCUUGCGCGAAGGCCUUCCAAUUGGUUCUUUGAGGCCUUUCAUCAUGGACUUCCCGCAGCAGAGGAUGGGAGCAUCCAUGGGCAUCCAAAUAGACGGAAUGCUCGGCAUGGAGUUCUUCGAGCGGUUUACGAUGGAAGUUGAUGCAUCGGCUCUUCGAUUGUACGAGGCAGACUGUGGAGAGAAGAUAGCCGUCGCGAACGACAUGGUCAGACUGACGACAGUUCCUUUGCCUGCCCGUCUUCUUGGAGUUCAUCUUGGGCUGCCUGGGUCAGACCAAUGCGUCUGUGGAGUCAUCGACACAGGAGCAUCCUUCACGGUUUUGAAUUGGGCUGCUGCCAAGAUGCUGCUCAAUCUCGUGGAGGCGGAUGCUCAGGAAAUGCUCAGUGCAAGAGGAGGUGUCAGCUCCGUGGAUGCCCAGGGCCAGGAGCUUCUGAUGCCCACCGUCCCGGAUCUGAGCCUGCAGCUGCGCGGUGCGGGACGGGCUCCACGUUGCACUUGGGAUGCAGGUCGCCAUUGGGGACGUGGCAAGCUUUGA